AUGCCUCCCAAGAAGAGGGCUAGACAUUCUACCAAUGCUCAAGAUGACACAGCACCUUGUCGACAAAGCUCAAGAUCGAAUCGCAGUGUUGGCGGCCACGCAGCACAGCUUCAAAAAGCUGGAGAAGCGGUAGCAGCACGGGCAAAGAGUCGGAAAGGGCAAAAUGAUUACCCUGAGCUUGAUGUCAGUGAUCCUGAAGAAAACUCAAUGGCUCCUGUGCAGCUACAUCGGGGGAAAAAAAGUGCUCCUGCAAAACCUCCGGCUGCAAAAAAUGCUACAAAACGAAAACCUGCAUCUGCGACACCUCCAACUACGAGCAACAAUCGAUCAUCUCAAAAGUCCGGCAACAAUGUUUGGGUUCAAGGCACCCACAUCUACUACCAAUGCUACUUUCCGGUGUAUAGCCCACAAAUGUGCUGGUUGCUCUGCGAUGAUCUCUUCACAUUCCAUACGGAGUUUAAAAAGGUCGUCGUCUCCAUUGCCAAACUGUCAUAUGAUAUCUUCCUGAAGGGCACUGCAAUGCGACCAGAGGAGAUAAAGAAUUCUAUCGCUGCAACUGCCACCAAGCUGCUUAAGACCGGUGGUUACCUCCGGAUCCCUGACUCAUCUAAUGGCAAAUUCAAGAAUUUUGUAUCGCAGGCUCUCAAGGAUGUCUGUCUCGAGUUUUUCUACAGCAACAGCAAGAAAGCACUGAAGAACACAGAUGACUUCCGCAACACAAUCCCUGUCAAUGGCCUCAUUCUCGUGGUGGCAGUUAUGAAGGGUGUUAUUUCUGGGUUCAGUGAAACUGGCACCAACAAAGUGCCUGAACUCUCCGCUGAUAGAUGCAGAACCGACUUCGACAAGUUGCGCAAAUCCGUUGACAAGUUGCUCGACAUUCCAGAACUUUGUGAAGAGCUUGAAGAAAUGUUGGAGCAAUGGGCUAAGAUUGGUAUGGGCGAAUUUGAUUGGCAUGGAGUGAUGCAGGCAGUGACGCGGGGGGACAUCAAUAUCAUACUUUAA